CCUGUAGAUAAAUUAAUGUUUCUGAGAGCCAGGGCUGCAGCAGCUAGAUUUGAUGAAGGUGCUAUAUUAGUUUCUAGUGAAGCUGGAGUGCUAAGAUUUUGGAGUAUUUACGGACAGAAAAAAGAAAUUGGUUAUUUCUAUGUACCUGAUAAUGAAGAUGAAUCAGUAUUAGGUAUGUGUGCUCGAUAUAAUGAUUCAACUAUUGUAACUGGUGAUACACAUGGUGAUAUCAAGAUAUGGAAUAUCAAAAACUACUGCACUAAACCACAAGAAAAGAGAGUUAAAAGUAAGCCACCAUUAGAAGCCCAUUGGAAAGGACAUGAUGGAUCAGUAGUAAGUGUAGACUAUAUUGAUCAUGAUGAUGGUGUAUAUAUAUUGUCAGCGUCUACUGAUAAAACUGCUAGAUUAUGGUCCACUAAAGGACAUUAUAUUGGUACAUUUGGUCAGAAACAACCGUGGGAUUUGAAACAUCCUUCCACUUGGAUGCAUCCUAAAACACCUUGGAGUAUUUUAGAUGAGGAAAAUCUAGGUUAG